AUGAGCGCCUCGGUUCCGGCGGGUCUGACCGAGCUCCUGAAGGGCUACACGCUGGAGGUGCUGCGGCGGAGACCCGCGGACCUGCUGGAGUUCGCCGUGCUCUACUUCACCCGCCUGCGGGAGCAGCGCAGCUCCAGCCGCCGUUCUCCGGUGACCCGCGGAGAGGCCUUCGACCGGAGCUCCAGCGGCGGAGAGGACGAGGAGGAACAGAGACGAGAAGAGGAGGAGGAAGAAGAAGAAGUAGCUCCUCCACCCAGUAAAUGCAACAGACGUGUAUCAGUGUGUGCGGAGGCGUAUAACCCUGAUGAAGAUGAAGAUGAGGGCAGCGACCAGAGGGUGGUUCAUCCUAAAACUGAUGCUCAGCGGCAGCGACUACAGGAGGCCUGCAGAGACAUACUGCUCUUCAAAACCCUCGAGCAGGAUCAGUUCGCUGAGGUGUUGGACAGCAUGUUUGAGGUGCUGGUCAAACCGGGCGAGUGUAUCAUCAAUCAGGGCGACGACGGCGAUAACUUCUACGUCAUAGAGAGGGGUGUGUUUGAGAUCGUGAUUCAGAAGGACGGCGUGAGUCGAUGCGUGGGCUGCUACGAUCAUAAAGGCAGCUUCGGAGAGCUGGCCCUGAUGUACAAUACACCACGGGCCGCCACCAUCAGGGCCAGCCAGGAGGGGGCGCUGUGGGCGCUGGACAGAGCCACUUUCCACAGACUCAUCGUGAAAAAUAACGCAAAGAAGAGGAAGAUGUACGAGACUUUCAUCGAGAGCGCUCCUCUGCUCAAGUCUCUGCAGCUAUCGGAGCGCAUGAAGAUCGUGGACGUGGUUGGGAUGAAGACGUUCAGCGAUGGCGAGCUAAUCAUACGUCAGGGAGAUUCGGCCGACUGCUUCUACAUCGUGGAGUCUGGAGAAGUCAAGAUCAUGAUCCGAAGCAAAACUCAGGCAGGUCAGAGGUCACAGCGGGAGGUGGAGGUCGCGCGCUGCUCCAGGGGUCAGUAUUUCGGCGAGCUGGCGCUGGUCACCAAUAAGCCGCGAGCGGCGUCUGUUUACGCAGCAGGAGAGACUAAGUGUUUAGUGAUCGACGUGCAGGCCUUCGAGCGUCUGCUGGGCUCCUGUAAGGAGAUUCUGAAGAGGAACAUCCAUCAGUACGAGCAGCAGCUGCUGGCCGUGUUCGGCUCCAGCGUCGACCUCAAACACUGACUGAAGAUAGAAGAGGAGCAGAAGACUAGAUAGACACCUCACACACUCAGAGAUCCUCAUUCACCACAAAAAGGUCCUUAAACAUCUACAAACUUUUUUUUGGAGUAAAAUUACUUUUUUAGUUUGUACUUGUUUUAAAAAAGCAAAAACAUCUGCCAGUGGGGUAAGAAAAACCAUCUUCAGCCUUUGGAUCUUCUUCCUACACGCUGGCUGAGAUCUUUGCUCGUUUUCUGGUCUGAAACAAAUGUUAUUAGUUUUAGCUAAAAACAAGACCUUACUCCUAAAGUAGUGCUGUCUAGUAAUAAUAUCCAAAAUAAAGUUUGUUUACAUAAUGUGUAGGGUGUAUAUUAUGAUGUCAUUUAAAUACACACAAUAUAAACAUACAUGUAUACAUUUAAAAUUCUAUAGAACUUAACAUUCUUGUAUAUUUUGUGUGUGUGGAUAAACAUUACAGUGUGUUCACAUGUGUUCUAUAUUAGAUGUGAUUAUUUGACAGCCCUACUCAUUUUAAGUGUCAAGUAAAUUAAUUUGUA